AUCCGCGUGCACCUGCAAUUCCUCGGCUACCCGAUCGCCAAUGACCCGCUGUAUGUGCAUCCGGCGUAUGGCCCGGCCGGCGGAGCGGGCGGCCUGUACCAUGAGGCGGCCUUCCUGGCUGCCGAUGAGGCGGUCCCCGAGGAGCACAUCCGCCGGGCCCGGAGGGUGUGGGCCGCGCCGGUGCCGGCCGACGAUCCGGCCCUCCGCCUGCUGGACCCGUCCGGCCAGCUGGCCGCCGCCUAUGCGCAGGAGCCCGCCACCGAGGCCGAGGCCGAGGCCGGCUCCUGGGCCGAGCUCCUGGCCACCGAGGAUGCCCAGCUGGCCGAGGCGCUGGAGGACAGCUCGCCGGCGGCGACGGCCGCCCGCCAGACGGCUCGCCAGCAGGCGGUCGCGCGCUUCUUCGCCGUGCAGUCCUUCUCGCGCGGCGGCCCGGCAUACAGCUUGACCUCGGCACCGGGCUUCAGCCUGGAGGAGCCGGCCGGGGAGUCGGCGGCCCCGGCCAGCUCGCCCGUGCGGCUGGAGGACCUGCCGCCCUUCUGGGUGUCGCCCUCUUCGGUGGUGGCCGAGCGGGUGCAGUACCCUGCCGAGGCGAUGAACAUCUGGCUGCAUGCGUACCGUUACGCUUGCCGGGACUCGCACUUCAAGGUGGGCCGCGGCCGGCCGGCCCCCGAGCCGGCUGCCCCUGCGCCGAGCGCCGACUCCGGGUCCGAUCCUACGGGGGAUGUCCCGCGGCCCGGGGUCCUGGCCUCUGCUGCGGAUGGCCCUGGCGCCGACCCAGCCACCGAAGGCGUGGGCCCGGCCCGGGCUGCGGAUGACACCGGCGGCGCGGCCCCGCCGGCCCCGGGGGCCGACGCCGAGAUGAGCUGGUCCUUCUAUGCGCUGCCGGCGCCGGCGUGGGCCGACCGGGACUUCGCCCGGGACCAGUACUUCCUGACGGUCCUCAACAAGGAGAACCCAUUCAUGUGCCUGGCGCAGGAGGCCCUUGCCGCCAUGCCGCCGGUCGUCGAGGGGGCUCUGCUCCCUGGCAGCGAGGCCAUUGUCCGCGGCAGCGACGAGUAG